AUGUCACUGAGAGUGCACACACAGUUUCCCAGAACCCAGGAGGACAUGGCAUUCAACCUGACCAUUCUGGUCCUCACCGAGCUCCUAAGUCUGGGUGGGCUGCUGGGCAAUGGGGUGGCCCUUUGGCUGCUCAACCAGAAUGUCUACAGGAAUCCCUUCUCCAUCUAUCUCUUGGAUGUGGCCUGUGCUGACCUCAUCUUCCUCUGUUGCCACAUGGUCACCAUCAUCCCUGAGCUGCUGCCGGACCAGCUCAACUUCCCGGAAUUCGUACACAUCAGCCUGCUCAUGCUGCGAUUCUUCUGCUACAUCGUGGGCCUGAGCCUCCUGGCAGCCAUCAGCACAGAGCAGUGCCUGGCCACUCUCUUCCCCGCCUGGUACCUGUGCCGCCGCCCACGGUACCUGACCACCUGUGUGUGCGCGCUCAUCUGGGUGCUCUGCCUGCUGCUGGACCUGCUGCUGAGUGGGGCCUGCACCCAGUUCUUUGGCGCACCCAGCUACCACCUGUGUGGGAUGCUGUGGCUGGUGGUGGCGGUUCUCCUGACUGCCUUGUGCUGCACCAUGUGUGUGACCAGCCUGAUCCUGUUGCUGAGAGUGGAGUGUGGCCCAGGGAGGCACCAGCCCCGGGGCUUCCCCACCCUAGUCUUGCUAGCCAUCCUCCUUUUCCUCUUCUGCGGUCUGCCCUUUGGCAUUUUCUGGUUUUCCAAGAACCUGUUCUGGCACAUUCCCCUCUACUUCUACCACUUCAGCUUUUUCAUGGCAAGUGUGCACAGUGCGGCCAAGCCUGCUAUCUACUUUUUCUUGGGCAGCACCCCUGGCCAAAGGCUGCAGGAACCCCUCCGGCUGGUGCUCCAGCGGGCGCUGGGGGAUGAGGCUGAGCUGGGGGCUGUGAGAGAGGCUUCCCAAGGGGGACUUGUGGACAUGACUGUCUAA